AUGACGAUGGCAACAUGCGCACGGUACUCAGCCCCUAAGGCAUUGGUGACGAUGGAGGAACUGCGGGAUCCCAGCUUGAAUCUUUAUGCAGAUGAAGAUGAUGACGAUUGGGAUAGGGUGAUCUUAUCUGUGUCACAUACCUGGGAGUCUCAGCAACAUCCCGACCCAUGGGGUUUUCAGUUGCGAAGUCUCUUGCAGUUUAUUCAAGCCCGCAUUGCGUCUUGCGCGCAUCUCAAAGCAAUUGCAAAACAGCUCCAUAGUCACCACUGGGUAUUCAUUGACUUCGUGUGCCUGCAUCAGUACGAGCGAAGUGAGGAGGAACAGCAAUUCUUCCGCAAGGCCAUGAGCUCCAUGCAUUUGCUGUAUGCCCAUCGGUACAUUCAUCGCGUGAUUCGCCUGGAAGAGCUGACUCCAGAGAGUGAGAAGUCACUCGAGGGUUCUAUAGACAUGUACUGCGAGGCGACUGGCAAGUUUGAAGCAAGACCUCGGAGUGAGUUGGUCCUGAACAGCACGCCGUACUCCCAACGGGGGUGGUGUGUGGCUGAAGUUCAGUGGAUGAGCACGCAAGACACGGUGUAUGGCUGCUCUCCCAUGCCUCCAGCAGUUUUUCAGGAGCGGGUGGCGCGUGGUGAGCAGGGCCUUGCGGAUGGGUUGCACUUGAAAUUUACACACCGCUCUGAUGCAAAGUUGGUGAGUCAACUGCAGGAGGAUGUCUUCCUACAGCAUGCGCGGCAACGCGAAGUACUUACAGCACAUGCCUUGCCCCAGCACGAGGUCUCGAUAUUGGCGACCGCAUUGCCGCAUUUCGUGAACCUGGAAAGGCUCAACAUAUUAUCAUAUGGCGAGGGCUUCACCUUCGGGCAUAGCAUUCUGGAAUUGGCAUGUAGCCUUGAACGUCUUCGUCCUCAGAAGCUAUGGCACUUGCAAGUUGCAGGGGAUGGGAUUGGGAAUGCCGGUGCUGCAGCUCUUGCCACUGCAGCUAUCAGCUGCAAGAAGUUGUCGGUCCUUGCCAUAAGAAGUGACACCAUCGGAGAUGCCGGGGCCGAGGCUCUGGGUGGAGCAGUUCUGGAAUGCAAGAAGUUGACCAAGUUCGCUCUCGGCGGGUGUUUCAUGAUCGGAGAUACCGGGAUAGCAGCUUUGGCGGCAGCGAGCUUAGCAGCGCCAUGCAUAGAGUUCGCGAUGGAUGGCCAUGUUUCACAGCUAGCGGAUGGACACAGGUGGGGCAAUCGCGGUUUGGAUUGUGCAUUUCAUGAUGGGGCCGAAUAG